AAAUUGUAAGCGCUAUACGGAAGAAUUUAAAUAACGGACAAGAUGGAUGUCAAAUAUGGAAUAAUGUAGCUAGGUACAUUUCUUUUAAAAAUAUUCGGUUAGUUUUAGUGCUAUUCACCGACGAAAUAACUGAGGUUGUUGUAAAACAUGUCGAAAUGUUUGAACUCACAUAAAUAAAUUAUCAGUAACGUCUCUGACAGAAACAAGGAGGUCGUAAAAUCCGAGAGUUUCUAACAGCGUCAUGGCGGUUUCGACAAAUGAGACUUUUCCCGGUGAUGUUAAAACAACUUAUACAGAGGAAGAAGAGCGUUCAAAAGACGAAAGUGUCCCCGGGCAGACCAUAACCUCCGCCGCCAGAGUUUUGACCCAGGAGGAGCUGGACAAACUCGGCGGCGAGCGGGCUCUGGUGUCCGACUUCAAACAGAUGAAGUUGGAAAAAGAAUCUCAGAAAAAUUGGGACUUGUUUUACAAAAGAAACACGACAAAUUUCUUUAAGGACAGACACUGGACCACCAGAGAAUUUGAAGAGCUCAGGGCGUGCAGAGAGUUCGAGUCUCAGAGGCUGGUGCUGCUGGAGGCCGGCUGUGGUGUGGGAAACUGCAUCUUCCCUCUGCUGGAGGACGACCUCAACAUCUUUGUUUAUGCCUGUGACUUCUCACCACGAGCUGUUGAAUUUGUCAGACAAAACCCUCUGUACUGCCCUGAACGCUGCUGUGCCUUCCAGUGUGAUUUAACUAAAGAUGAUCUGAGAGAAAAUGUGCCUGAGGGCAGCGUGGACGUCGUCACUCUCAUCUUCGUCCUGUCGGCUGUCCACCCUGACAAGAUGAAACUGGUUUUGCAGAACAUCAGCAAGGUGCUGAAGCCUGGAGGCAUCAUCCUGUUCAGGGACUACGGCGUGUACGACCAUGCCAUGCUCAGGUUUAAAGCCGGCAGCAAGCUGGGAGAGAACUUUUACGUCCGGCAAGACGGCACCAGGUCCUACUUCUUCUCUAAAGAGUUCCUGGCUGAGCUGUUUGAGGCGACGGGCCUCCAAUCUGUUGCCAACGACUACGUGCUGAGAGAGACGGUCAACAAGAAGGAGGGACUUUGUGUUCCCAGAGUGUUCCUGCAGAGCAAAUUCACAAAGCCCAGCCAAUCACAGGGCUCCUGACGUCACUCCGAACUCUGCAAAAGUGUCAAGAAACAUGAGACUGUCCAGUGGAAACCGAAUGACAAAAAUGUACGUAGACUUUGGGGAACUGGUCGCCUGACCGUUUCUUAGAGGGCGUGUGACCUGCUGGUCUUGAAUCCCUGAUGCUACGAGGGGAGAUGCAGGUGGGUAAGGUAGAUGAAUAAUGUCUCCUCUCAUUGAUCAGCUGCUCUUUCAGUGACAGAUGAAGACAGGUUUUUUUUACAUAUGGGAAAAGUAUGAACAUGGAGCAUGAGUGUUCAGCAGAGCCCUUAGCUGGAUAAAUAGUGAAUCUGAACAGUAUUGUAGUGGGUCCUAUUAGUUUAAACUCCAUGUCACUUUGAUGGACCCGUCGCAUCAGCACGUGAUUUGGCUUCUCUGCAAGCCUUCAAACUUUAUUCCCCUGUGAACAAACCAGUAUUUUGUUUGUCCCCGGAGUAUUUAUCUGAACACUUCUGUUUGAAAAAAAAUUGCUCACUGUCUUAAAUUCUGCCUGCAGUCCAAUUUUAAAAUACCUUCAGAUGUAACCCACCGAGACAGAUAGCAGUCACACUUUGAUUGGCAGUGGCAGACCACUUUGUGUCAUUUUACUGUAUAUCAAACUUUGGGUGUCACUGUAUACUGGUAAUGUCGAUAACCAUGAUAUUUUAAAAAUGAAAUACUGAGAUCAUGUUAAUAAAACACACUUUGUUAUAGUA